AUGGUGAUAACACCUGAGAAGAAGAAACUUGCGGUGAAGACGGUGUGGAGCGGUUGCAUGCCGGUGAGUUCCGGUGAAUCGUCUCUUGUUUAUCCGGUGGUGGCUCAAAUGGAGCGUGGUGAAAGGGACUCGGAGGAAAACUGUGGUACAGGUGGAGUGUUCUCCGGAACGGUGGGACAAUGUCCUGCUCCUAUCAGUGACUCACGUCGCUUUGUCUCUUCGGCGAUCAUGGCUGAAUGCCUCGCCAUACGUUCGGCGGUAAUGCAUGCUGCCUCGUUGAAUAUUAAAUCCCUGAUGAUACUGUCCGAUUCUCAAUCCUUGGUGAAGCUUGUUAAGGAGAGAGGCUCGGUUCCAGCUUUGUUUGGCAUUUUAUUCGACAUCUAUCACUUUAGCUUGUUGUUUGAUGUUAUUUUCUUUUCCUAUGUUCCUCGUUUGAGUAAUGUGAUGACUGAUUCGGUGGCAAAAUCAGCCCUCUCAUUGCUUAACUUAGCCUCCUCUAAUGGAGUGUAA